AUGGAGCUCUCAGAUGAGGCACAAAAAUCCCAAGGGCUGGAUUUAGAGGAGAUAACCAGAAAGAUUUUAUUUCUUGACAAAUGGAGGGAAAUCUUUAGUUAUCACCGGUUGGGAACCAAUAAUACAACUUCUCAGAAUCAUGAAGGUGACCACACAUCUGCAGGUGAAACUGAAGAUGGAACAGGAAGGCCUCAGCCAAAAGGACAAAGACAUUUGCCAUCAAAUAGCCUUUGUUCUGUUCCCAAACCCUCUAUCAUCUCUUCAAAAUCGGGCGGCUUUCCUGUCUCCCUAGCAAUGGCCAUGAAACUGCGCCAGACCCUCUUUGGAAAUACCACCCAGGUCUUCAGCUCUGACUGGACAAAGGCCUAUUUCCAGUUUCAUGAGCCUUUUUCUGACCUGGCUUUUGCGUUGCAAGUGGGAAAGGGAGGUGUCCGAAGCAUUCAGAUGGCUGUACAAGGAUCCAUCAUUCAAUACCUGCUGUUUACAAGGAAGGGAAAAGACUGUAACUUCCUCAGCUUAUGCAGAAUAAGCAAGCACCAUCAGGACCGCACGCUGGCGGCGGUGCUCGCGGGCAUCCUGUGGGCCGCAGGAGCAGCUCAGAAGGUCACCCUCUGCCUCAUUACCGAGGACACUUACGUCGUCCCGACGCCUAGCUACUCUGGGGACGGCUUCUCUGAACGGCUCCAGCUGUUUGAACUUUCAGACAAAGAAGCCACUGAGAAAUUCAUCUGUGAUCAUUUACAAUGUUUCAAAGGAGAAGGAAGCCAUGGCGUCAUCUUGUUCCUUUACAGCCUGAUCUUCUCCAGAACAUUUGAAAGGCUCCAGAAGGAGCUGGGCGUCUCCACCACUCCCCUGCUGCAACCACACGCUGGAGGCUUCCUGUGCAGGCAGGCUGUUCUGAACCUGAUUCUAACUGGAAGAGCAAGUCCACACGUCUUUAACGGCUGUCAGAAAGGAAAGUCUCAAGAAAUAUUACAUGGGGUCCUGACCCGCAGUGAUGUCGGCUAUCUGCAGUGGGGUAAGGACACUUCAGAGGGCGACAGACUUUCACAGGUGGGCAGCAUGCUGAAGACUCCCAAGUUACCCAUCUGGCUGUGCAACAUCAACGGAACUUACAGCGUCCUAUUUAGCACAAACAGGCAGCUCUUAUCAGACUGGAGAGUGGAGCGCCUCUUUGAUCUGUACUUCUACAACGGCCAGCCUGCACAGAACAAGCCUGCGCACCUUACCGUGGACACUCACUCCCACCACUGGGAAAGAGUCCAACACGAAGAUGAACACAGCCCAGGAAGACGGUUUUCCCCACUGGAGAUGGUGAUCAGAAGCAAGUGGAGAGAUGCCACCAUCAGCUGGAAUGGAUCUCACCACGAGCUGACCUCGCUUUUCGAGUGCCCGGUUUGCUUUGACUAUGUCCUGCCCCCCAUCCUGCAGUGCCAGGCCGGGCACCUGGUGUGUAACCAAUGCCGCCAGAAGUUGAGCUGCUGCCCGACGUGCCGCGGCGCCCUGACGCCCAGCAUCAGGAACCUGGCUAUGGAGAAGGUGGCCUCGGCGGUUCUGUUUCCCUGCAAGUAUGCGACCACGGGCUGUUCCCUCACCCUGCACCACACGGAGAAGCCGGAGCACGAAGACGUCUGUGAAUACCGCCCCUACUCAUGCCCUUGCCCCGGCGCUUCCUGCAAGUGGCAGGGGUCCCUGGAGGCCGUGAUGUCCCAUCUCAUGCACGCCCACAAGAGCAUCACCACCCUUCAGGGAGAAGACAUCGUCUUCCUGGCCACAGACAUUAACCUGCCAGGAGCUGUGGACUGGGUGAUGAUGCAGUCGUGUUUCGGCCAUCACUUCAUGCUGGUGCUGGAGAAGCAGGAGAAGUAUGAGGGCCACCAGCAGUUCUUCGCCAUCGUCCUGCUCAUCGGCACCCGCAAGCAGGCCGAGAACUUCGCCUACAGACUGGAACUGAACGGGAACCGGAGGAGACUGACCUGGGAGGCCACGCCCCGGUCCAUCCACGACGGCGUGUCCGCGGCCAUCAUGAACAGCGACUGCCUGGUGUUCGACACAGCCAUCGCGCAUCUUUUUGCAGAUAACGGGAACCUGGGCAUCAAUGUGACUAUUUCUACAUGUUGUCCGUGA